CUAUACAUUCUUACAUAUAUUCAUUCCUAUAAAUCUUCUAAGCAUCCUUCCUACAAUACCAACCAACAAUACCUUAUCCACAAUCUUAAAUCUCAUCAUCGGCGUUUAAACUUCCAACUCCAGGAUUCAAAAGACCCAUAUAUAUAUAAUCAGCGUAUCCCGCUCUCCGCCUUCUUCCACCCCCAAACCCAGUUUUGAUACCCAUUAUUUCCUCACUACUCAUCGAUUUCAUACCUGAUCGAAAAUUCCAUCUCGCCCCUUCCAUUUCUAGUUAGAAUAUCUAUCUCACUAGUGUUUUCGAUACCUACUUAUUCUUCUUCUUCUUCCAAAUCUUUUCAUAAUGCCUUCUGCAGUUACACCACCACCAUCACUUAGUACCCAAGAUUUGGCUGUUAAGAAAACAAGUUAUUCUCGUACGCAAGAUCCAGAAAUGUUGAAGUGUAAGAGGAAGAUUAUUUGUUUCUCGGGUAUGUGUUUUUUUAUUUGCCUCUUCGCCUCUACUUUUCCCAUGAUGUCCAUUUAUACAUGUAUAUAUAUAUAUAUAUAUAUAUAUAUACCAGAGUAAGAAAUAAACAAACUAACUAACGUAAUCACCCAGAUUUCGAUGGCACAAUCUUCAUGCAAGAUACCGGACACGUCCUCUUCGACGCCCACGGCUGCGGAGAAGAACGUCGUCUAAUCCUCGACGAACAAAUCAAAACGGGCGAACGAUCCUUCCGCGAUGUCUCGGAAGAGAUGUGGGGAUCCCUCCGCGUCCCCUUCGAAGAUGGGUUCGCCAUCAUGGAAAAAUCCCUCGAGAUCGAUCCUGAUUUCCAAAACUUCCAUCGCUAUUGCAUCGAUAACAAUAUCCCAUUCAACGUCAUCAGCGCGGGAUUAAAACCCGUUUUGAGAAGAGUUCUUGAUAAAUUUCUCGGAGCGGAAGAAAGUAAACGCAUUCAAAUCGUAGCGAAUGAGGCUGAGAUUAGCGAGGAUGGAAGUCAGUGGAAACCUGUUUGGAGACAUGAUACUGAGCUCGGUCAUGAUAAAGCAUUAUCGAUUACCGAGGCUAGAGAACAUGCUCAGUUGGAAUGCGAAGAUGGAACAAUCCCUCUCAUUGUCUUUAUCGGGGAUGGUGUAUCGGAUCUCCCAGCUGCGAGACAGGCUGAUGUGUUGUUUGCGCGGAGGGGAUUGCGAUUAGAGGAAUAUUGUUUGGAGCAUCGUAUUCCGUAUAUUCCGUUUGAUACUUUUGCGGAUAUUCAAAAGGAGGUACAGAAGAUUGCUGAGGAGGAUCAAUUGAAGACGGGUGGUGUAGGAAAACCUGUUAGGUUUAACCCGAGGGCUAAUUUGUGGAGAAGAGUCUCCAGUAAGAAUGCUGUAAGUUUUCCUGCUCGAUAUUUCAUCUUCAUCUUUCAACUUCUUGAUACUAAUAUUAUACUCUGUUUCAAGGUUCCUUCAUACGUGGCAGCUACCCCAACAAAAGAAGAAAAAAUGUUCUUAUGGCCAGAAUCUUUCUCCGAGUUGAAGGAAAACCGUCCUUCGACUAUUCAAGAGCAAGUUGCUGCUUAAGCUUUGCGAUUUUGCGUGGAUAGAUAUUUCUUCCAGCUUUUCUUUCUUUCUUUUAUUUGCUUCAUACUUUUCUCUGGAACUGCAUUUUUAUUUCAUGUUUUUAAGCUGGCAUGGCGUUGAGGUUAGGCAUAUAUAUAGGUAGCCAAUCGGGUAUAAGAUUUUCGAGAGAUAAUAUAUGUUUGGAAUUAAAAGCGGUAUUUAUAAGUUAGGAUUUUUUAAAUAAGAGUUUU